UAGUUUUAGAUUUUCCUUCCGUGCAGCCAACACAAUGUCGCAACCAACGGUCGCGUCUUACUUUAACACACGCAAACGCGCUGCGCAUGAUGCGCUAGGUGGUGCGGGCAGAACUAAGGUACUGGUGCUGGAAAACUCUUCCGCCCAUACGGUUAAAAACUUGACGAACAGUUCACUGAACUCGGAUCACGGCGAGUUACGCUUCGUAGUUGCUAACGAUAAUAACUUUACUUUGAAGAGUAUUGAAGCCCCCGGAAAGGACAAUGGGUCGUCCAGCAAUUUCCACGACCCGGCGGAACUGGGACGGCGUGUUACGCGUGCCUCGCGGGCCAUCAAACGGAUCGGUCCGGUUGACUUGGACGAUAAAACCAAAGCGCUGAUAACAUCCGCGCAGCCGAAGCUGGUGUCCUUCAUAAAGAAGGGCAAUUUGUCACCGCAGAAACGCGUCCAUACGGCUAGUCCUUCGAAGUGUCCGGUGGUGCCAGAGAAGAGGAUCGCAUCGCCAAGAAAGGUUGACGAUGUUGGUGCCUCGGCACCGGUGGAAUUUUCUCCCAGGAACAAUCUAAACAAUGUAGCUAAAGCACCCACAAAGGCUACAGUCUCCAGAACGUUGCAAAUGGGAAAAGACAAGGAUUCCCUAUCGCUGGCAGACAUUCGCACCAAGCUGCUGCAACAUCCACGCCUACCGGAACUAAAGACGAAGCUAAAUGCGGUACAGAGCGGUCUAGAUAAGGUAGAACGUUUGCGGAAGGAACGUCUGGAAGGAAAAACUAAGCCAUCCAUCUCGCCAAUCGUGGCGGCAAAAAAUUUACAGCAAUUUGCAACUCUGGACGUGGAGGUGAUGGUGAGCCCAAAGAAAUCGAUCGCCUCUCCUUCGAAGCUGCUUCGCACACCGACAAAGGAUGCAUCCAACUCGCUGUCCCCGUCGAAGAAUGUGACACCCAAGCGCAUAUCGGCUCUGAUGAGCCCGAUUAAGGAUCCUGCGGCCGGUACACCCAUACAGGCCAGCCCGAAAAAGUUGCCCGCUUAUCAGCGCUUCCACAAUCUGGCCGAAGCAGGCACUCCUACGCUACAGCUACCAUUCAAGUACCGUACGCUGUUGGAGCUGUUCAAGUGUACGGACACGGUCUGCUCCAUGUUUCACAACCGCAAGGAGCAGAUCACGUUUAAGAAGCUUAAGCCAGCUGUUCAGCGGAUGGCAAGGAAAAACUUUUUCGAGUCACAUCUUGCCCAAAUUCAGUUCCUCUUCCCAAACGCUUACAGCCUUAGCCAGGAAAUGACAAAGAACUAUGGAUCGGCUACGAAGCACGAAACGUACCAGCUGGUGAUCAGACCGAACAUCGAGCAGAGCGCAGAACCGACCAAGAAGCAAUCGGAGGAGACCGAUUUUAUUCGUACCCUACCGAAACAGUCCGUUAAUCCGCAGGCUUUGCUCGAACGUUACCAACACUUUCGCCGUCUUCUGUUGGAAAAGACAAAGGACGCACACGAAGCGUUUCUGCUGAGUCUGGAUCCACCGUUAAACAUUGCGCGCAACAAGCUCGUCCGCUGGCACGUUGAUUUCGAUCUGGAAAGCUGUCCUGACAUUGAGAAAGCAGAUAUACCGCAGCCUCCAAAUGUGGAAAGGUUUUCUUCCGCCAAGGAUGUCCUAUCGACGGCAAGAAAUCUAUUCAGUUGUGGUACUGCAAUGGAUCGUGCAUUGGCGCGAUUGGAGGAGAAAAAGAAGCAAGAAACAGCAAUAGCAGGAGCAGUCACACAAACGACGACUACCGAGCCGGAAGAUAAAAAACCAAUUCAGGUUAAAGAGGAACAUCCUGCCAGCACAGCGACGACUUUGCAGACUACUGCCGACCCUGCGGAGCACUUGCUCCGAAACGUUCCAAAAGCACUGCUAGAGAAGAUACGAGCUAAGCAGGCGGCUAAAGCGCUAGAUCAAAUGACUAGACGACCUUCACAGGAGAAGGAAGCGCUAAAGUAUAGCCGUUUGCCGGAGAUUGCUCGACACCUGCGGAACGUAUUUGUAACCGAACGCAAGAACGUGCUGCCGCUCGAAACGCCUGUAGUUAAAAUUGAAAACAGUUACCGUGGAAAACUAACCCUCCAGGAGCUAGAGGAGCACAUCCGUAUGAUAUCGCAGUUGGUACCGUUUUGGUUAACCUUGCCGGAGGUCCGAAAGGUAAAGUAUGCUAAAAUUGCUAAAGACUGUGAAAUUUCGAAAGUUUUGGAUGUGCUCGAGCGGAAAGCGAAUGAAGCAGUCCAGUAGGAAUGGGC